CCCACAUAUUUGCUAGCUUUCUUGUACCUACAGUAUAUUAUUACGUACGUAAUAGGAAGAGAUCAGAAAAUGGCUUUCAACUUGGAUGGUAUCAUUAUUGAAACAGAAAUGGAGGCGAUAAAGAAUGAUUUACUCAGGAAGUCCACGAAGGGUGACUGGAAAGGAGUUAUUGAUAUCUAUAAGAAGCACCCAGAAGCUCAUGCGGCAAAGCUCACAAUCAACGAGGACACAGCAUUACACAUAGUUGUCUCCAGUGACCGAGAAGAGACCGUGGAACAACUUAUGAACAUAAUUUCUAGACAUCAUGGAGAAGGCCAACAGAUACCUGAAUUUAAGAAUGAAAGAGGGAAUACGCCUCUUCAUGUUGCUGCAUCAAUGGGGAGUGUGACUCUAUGCAAGAGCGUAGUUAAUGAAACUACUGGUCAACUUGGUUUAUCAUUUAUGGAAGCUCGUAAUUUUAAGGGAGAGACUCCGCUUUUCAUGGCAGUACUUAGUGGUAAGAAAGAAGUUUUCAUUUUCCUUCACAAAGUCUACCAGGAGAACAACCUUAGCUACAAUGACCUUUCCUGUCGGAACGACGAUGAUGACACUAUUCUUCACGUUGCUAUUGCUACAAAAUGUUUUGAUUUGGCAUUAGAAAUAAUUACGUUGUAUCCGAAACUAGUACACUUCGUCAACAACAAAGGCUUCUCCCCUCUCCAUGUGCUGGCGAACGAGCCUUCCGCAUUUGAAAGUGCAACCAUGUAUGGAUUCGUAGUAACGCACCUUGCUAAAUGCUUUCCCAGGAUCAAAAGUCUGAUAAGAGCAAUUCAGGACCAAGAAAAUGCCGCUAAAGUCAUGAAUGAACUCGUAGAACGUAUUGCAGCGCCAUAUGAACAAGCAGAUGGUGGGACGGACCCCAACAAAACCAUUAGAUCACCUGAGAUGGCAGAGGAUCCAAAGCAAAAAACUCCAAUCAUUGGGAGUACUAGUGAAAAAGGGUCAAUGGCAACGUCAGAGGCACCCAUACUGAUUGCAGCAAAAAAUGGUAUUAUUAAAAUGAUUGAAAAGAUCCUUGAAAUCUUUCCUGAGGCUGUAUAUGAGGUGGAUUCAAAGAAGAAGAAUAUAGUGCUAUUAUCAGUGGAGCAUAAGCAACCUCGCGUGUACAAGCUCUUACUACAGAAGAAGCAGGAGAAGAAUAUUAUACAUGAUAGUAUGUUUUGGGAAGUAGACAACGAAGGGAACACUGCACUGCAUCUUGCUGCGAAGAAAGGAAGUUCUGAUUCUUGGCCAGUUCCUGGAGCAGCAUUGCAAAUGAAUUGGGAAAUCAAAUGGUUUGAGAAUGUAAAAGCAUCCCUGCCAAAUGGGUUUCUUUUUAUCCGCAACAACGUGGGCGAAACCCCAGAGGAGGUCUUCACCAAAUCACACAAGGAACUUGUCCAAGAAGGCGGAAAGUGGCUGACCGACAUUUCCAAUAUGGCAUGCCCAGUUGCAACAGGUGUCUUUGUCGCAAUUGCUUUCUCCUCAUCACCCAACGUGGAUGUCAAAACACUCGACACUAACAUGUUGGAAUCAUUCGAGGAUUUCUCAAUAGCGUCCUUAUUGGCCUCCUGCCUUUCAGUGAUAGCAGUGACAAUUUUCAUUCUAGUCAUCACAUUGUCUCGCAGUGAAAGGAGUUUUCGCACAGGCCUUAGUACAUUGAGUUUGCUUCUCUCGGGGCUAGCUGCCUGUCACAUGUCUGCGAUGGCUGCUUUGGCGUAUUUCGUUGAUGGACAUUUCUUUCUCGGUCCAGAGAGAUGUGAAUUUACCCGUAAAUAUGGAGCCAUUGUUUAUAGCGCAGUUUAUCUAACACUAUUCAUGAUGUCACCGUACAUUUCUGUGUUUAUAGCGUUCAUUUUUGGGCCAGCCCGACCCAACAAGACAACCAGGCAGGAUGGAAAGACCCGACUCGACACAUUCAGGUCGUGUUAAAACAAUAAAACCGGAUGUUUUUUUUUUUUUAAUUUUUUACCUGUGACUUUCUAGAAGGCUGUUAUGAACCCAUAUAUAUGUAAGUGAUGAA